AUGAGCGCAAUUCUGAUCAUCUCUCUCUUCAGCUGCUUCUUUGCGGCUUACAAUGCCAAAGGCUUCUCCAAAUGCCAGAUGGCCCACCAGCUGAAGGCUCAUGGAAUGGAUGGCUACUAUGGCUAUAGCUUGGCAGACUGGGUCUGCAUGGCCGAAUAUGCGAGUAACCUCAACACCCUGGCUUUUUAUGGAAUAUACUCCAAUGGCAGUCGUAACUAUGGGAUCUUCCAGCUGAACAACCAGAGGUGGUGCCAAGACAAGAAUGAUCCCUCAAAAAACGCCUGCAACAUAGAGUGCAGCAGUAAGGACACUAUCCCCUCUGAGGGCCGGGUGGAGCGGGGGCAGAUCAAAUAA